AGAACCGUUUGCAAAUGGCAAGCAAACUCACUCAACUUCACAGUUUCUUCACUCUUUCUCAGUUUUUUCUUUCUUCCUCUCAUCAUCAUGAAAUCACUUAGUGGAGGAGCCUCAGCCAUGGCUGCUGCUCUAAUGCUGCUUCUCCUGCUUGUCCCAACUUCAGAGGCUGUAAUUGCAUGCAGUGAUGUUGUAAAGGACUUGACACCUUGUCUCAAUUAUAUUGUAAGUGGCAGUGGGAAGCCAUCUGUCAGCUGUUGCAGUGGAGCCUCCAAGCUUGCAGCUGCGGCAUCAACUACUGCUGACAAAAGGGCUGCUUGUAACUGCAUCCAGUCCACAGCCAAGCAAAUAAACAUAAAUGCAGCAGCAGCCAAGGCUCUCCCAGGAAGCUGUGGAAUCAGCCUUCCUUUCACUGUGUCUCCUAACACAGAUUGUAGCAAGAUUGGUUAAAGUACAAGAUGUGGCCAGAAAGAUAUGAAAUGAUCCCCAUCUCCAGUUGAAGCUGAAUCUAUUUACUAUUUAUAAGAAAUAUUAAGAAGUUGAUCCUUUGUUGUCUGCUAUCCCUGUCUUAAAUAAAGUAAUCUAUGUACUUUUUUGGCUAUUAAUAAUUGAAUAAUAUAAUUCUCCAGAUCAAAA